AUGUUGGGUGUUAUUGGUGCUGCUCCUGGUACACAAGCAAAUCAAGAUUAUUUUGAAACUUGGAGAAACUCACCAGAAUACCGGGCUGUACAAAAUGAAUUGCAUCGUUUGGAAGAAAUGCCAGGUUUAGCAAGUGGAGAAAAGGAACCAGAUACCAACCAAGCAUAUGCUGCAUCAUUCUGGAAACAAUAUAUCUUUGUUGUUCAUAGAUUGUUUCAACAAUACUGGCGUACACCAUCAUAUAUUUAUUCUAAGUUUGCCAUGGCUGUGUUGUGUUCCUUGUUUAAUGGAUUCACAUACUAUAAAUCACAAAAUUCCAUGCAAGGUUUGAAAAAUCAAAUGCUUUCGAUAUUUUCCAUGUUUGUUGUGUUGACUACAUUAGCACAACAAUAUGUUCCAUUGUUUGUUACUCAAAGAGAUUUAUAUGAAGCAAGAGAAAGACCAUCCAAGACAUUUUCGUGGUUGGCAUUUAUUGCAGCACAAAUCACUGCAGAAAUACCUUAUCAGGUUUUAGCAGCCACAAUAUCAUUCUUUUCUUGGUAUUAUCCUGUUGGGUUGUAUCGUAACGCUGUAUAUUCCGGUGCAGUAACCCAUCGUGGUGUAUUGAUGUGGUUAAUCAUGACUUUGAUGUUUAUUUACAGUUCGACAUUAGCGCAAUUUUGUAUCUCAUGGAAUCAAUUAGCCGACUAUGCAGCCAAUUGGAUUUCAUUGUUAUUGACAAUUUCCAUGAUAUUUUGUGGUGUCAUUGCCACAAAAGACAGUAUGCCAAAAUUCUGGGUUUUCCUUUAUCGUUGUACUCCAUUGACUUAUUUAACAUCAGCUAUGAUGUCAAUUGGAUUGGGAGAUUCGUUCGUUAAAUGUGCACCAACGGAAAUUUUGACUUUCCCACCACAAACCCCUGGAGUUCAAAAAUGUCAGGAUUAUAUGGGAGCCUAUAUUAGUAUUGCUGGUGGUUAUUUAUUGAAUCCUGAAGCCACUGAUAACUGUAAAUUUUGUAUCAUGGAUAAGACUAACCAAUUUUUGGAUUUUAUGAAUAUUUCCAUUCAUAAUUUUGGUAGAGAUACUGGUAUUUUCAUUGUGUUUAUUGUCUUUAAUAUGGCUGCUACAGUAUUUUCUUAUUGGUUGUUCAGAGUUCCAAAAGGUAAUAGAGAAAAGGGAAGCUUUUUCGAUAAAUUGCCAUUCUUGAAUGGUGGUGGUGACACCAAUCAUGAAAACGUUUAA